UACUUAGAGCAGUGAAGAUGAAACCAGAUGCCCCAGGGGGUCAGAGGUGCACUGUUGAGCGUCUGACUUUACAUUCUCGCACUGGGAUUGGGGGUCAAGAGGUAGAAAAAAGGUCAUUGGUUUAAAGUAGCAGGGGAUGCAAUAGGGGUGGGACAGGAAGUGAAGGCAUAUUGUGUCCAGGCUGGGGAAUGUGGAAUGUAAAUGGUUGCCUGCAAUUGUCUCCUUGUUUGAGGGAGUGCAGAGAGGAGAGCAGCAAACCCUGACCGAGGAGGUGGCAGUGAAACUCCACACACGUGUGUCUAACGUCUCUGAGCUCAGAACGCUCACUGUUCACUUCAGUGCAGUCUGGCCAGCUGGCCACUUGCUGCUUUCGGCUUUUGUCAGUCUAGUUCCUCAAGAUGGUGCUGCACAGAACCAAGGCUGAGGCUCUGGUGAAAUGGGUUAACAGUCUUAAUUUGUCGGACAAAAUCGAAAAUCUGGCCCAACUUCGCGAUUGUGUUGUGUUCAUCAAAAUGGUCUGCUGGAUAAGUGGGAAGGAAAGUGACUCUUAUCAGAUUGAAGACCAAACCAUUGAGGAUCGCCUUCGGUUUGUCUGCAACUUUUUAGCACGAUCAGAACGCAAGACAAGUCAGCCAGAGCACUUCAAAUACAACUCAUCUGUUGGAGAUCUAGUUUCUUGCCAAGAGUUCCUGUACGGAGAGGAUGUGGAGCUGGAGGUGGCCAAGGUGACUGUUCUCCUCCUCCAUUACUACACAUUAGCCAAGCAUUUGCCGUCUGAGUUUGAGACUCUGGAUACACAGACCCAGGGUGAGCUGGUGGCCAUCCUUCGCUAUGUUCUCGACAAUGAGGAUGGCAUUCACUUGGACAAUAACCUGUCCACGUUUUUGCGGAGCAGAGCGACUUCACCUGUUGCCCAGCUGUUCAGCGCCAGCUCGGAUGAAGCCGCCUCCCCAAUUGUCACCUGGAGAGGAGGAGCACUGAAGACGCAGUUUGCGUCCACAUCGAGUGUGUACAGUUACGUGCCGUCCGGUUCCCCCACAUCACCGAUGCGGGACUUCAUCCGGACGCCACAGGUUCAGAUGCGCCGUCUUAAGACACAGCUGAUGGACAUCAGGACACUUCGGGAUGAGCUGGAGAUCGAACUGACAGAAACCCGGAAACAAGUCACAGAGAAAGACACCCAGAUUUCAAUCCUCCAACAACGCAUCGACCGUCUGGUGAAACUGACUGAGAGUCAGGCCAACCAGAAGGAGCCUGGAGAGCUUGUGUCUCUGCGGGAGAGCAAUGAAAGUUUGCUGACUCGUUUGCGGGACAUUCAGAAGCAGUGUCAGGACCUGAAAACAGAGAAGACCCAGAUGGAGCGAAAGAUUGACAAACUUGAGGAAGAAAAUGGUGAUCUUUCUUAUAAGGUGCGGGACCUGGGCAGCCACCUGCGUCAGUCCCAGAAAGCCCUAAAUGAAUUGGCUGACGAACACGAGACAGCAGUGCCUCUAUGGGAAGGCAAACAGAAAGAACUGGAAAGGGAGCUCACUGGUGUUCUCAUUGAGAAGAAAUGUUUGGAGGAAAAGCUACAGAUCCUGGAGGGGAAACUGUCCAUACUGGAGGACCAGUUGAAGGCGGCUGGGGAAACCCACAGUGGCUCCAAAGGAGAGGUUAUGGGUGAUGUUCUCCAGUUGGAAGCUCUGAAACAGGAGGUGUGGCAGCUGAAGGGCAAGGUUAGUGAGCUGGAACAGGAGAGAGUACAGCAUGGAGAGGAACAGCAGCGUCUGAGUGAGAGAAUGGCCGGCCUGCAACAGGCCAAUGGGGACAUGGCCCUUGAGAAGGCUUUGCUGGAGGAAGCUAACCGUGCUCGAGACGAGCAGCUGGACCUGCUGAACGCCGAGAUGGGGAGCCUGAAACUUGCUCUGACACAGAAGGAGCUGGAGUUGGAAACGAGAAACCAGCAGGCAGGGGAGUGGGCAGAGCGCGAGCGGUCCGCAUUGAACACUGCGCUGGAUCUCAGCUCCAAGCUCGCUUGCCUAGAAGAAGCCUUGAGAUCUAAAGAGGAGGCAGUGGCUGGCUUCAGGCAGGAGGUGGAGGCGGAGAGAGCAAGCCAGGUCCAACAGCUAGCUGCUAUGCAGGAAGUGUCGCAGAGAGUUUUAAGCGAGAAGGAAUCUGUGGUGCUGCAGUAUACUGCCUUGAACAUCUCAAAAGAAAUAGAUGUAGCGGCUUUGGCUCAGCAGGUUGAGAGGUUGGAGGGUGACCAGGCUGUUAACCUGGAGGUUAUCACUGACUUGCAACAAGAGAGGAACGAGCUGACGGGGAGGAUACAACAGCUAGACACCAAGGUACUGAAUGCAGAGUCAAAGCUGCAGGACCUUCAGGCCACCUUUGAGAUCCAGAGCCAGGCUCAGUUGGAGGAGAUACAGUCUCUCACACUGAAGGUGAGGGAGGCUGAGAGCCAGGUGGAAGCUGGCAAAGGGGAAGCAGCCGAGAGCCGAAGGGAGCGAGAUCAGCUGAAGAGCCAGCUCCGUGCCGGCCAGGAUGCACUCACGGACCUGCGAGGGACUCUGGAAAAGGAGAAGCAGCAGGUGACCGAGCUGGAGAGUCGGAUUGGGGAGCUGGCUCAAGAGCGGGAGAGAGCGCGGGCGGAGUUGUCGGAGGAAGUGGAGCGGAGGGCAGAGGCUGAGAGGUAUUUCCAGCAAUCGGCCAGCCAGCAAGCGGAGGCAAUGGCCAGGCUACAGAGCGAGCUCACCAGUGCUCUGGCUCUAGUGAAGCAGAAGCAGGGAGAGGAGGAGAGACUCCGGGGCGAGGCUACCUCCUGGCAAGGGAGGUGUGAGGCGGCUCGAGAGGAGGGAGCUCGCAGCCUCUCGCAUAUGGAGGCAGCGGUUCUGCAGCUGAAGGGAGAAGUGGAAAGAGCACAGGCCGAGCUGGGGGGAGAGAGGGAGAGGAGCAGGGGGCUGGAGCUGAGGAUUGCACAAUUGAGCUCCGAAGGGGAGGAGAAUGUGGCCAGGGUACAGAGGGAGCUGUCCGCUGCUCUCUCCCAGGUCAAAGCCAGAAAGGGAGCAGAGGAGCAGGCGUUUGGGGAAGCAGCAGCCCUGAGGGAGAGGCUGGAGCAGGCCCAGCGGGAAGCUGCUGAGCACCUGGCACAGGUACGGGAGGAGGUGAGGAGAGCAGGGGAAGAAGGCGAUAGUGCCCGUCGGGAGCUCUGUGAGGAGCGUGCCCAGGCCGAGCGGGCGAAGGCAGUGGAGGCUGAACGACUGGCGAGGAUCUCCGCUCUCGAGCAGGAUAUUGCCAGUGUGAGUCAGGCCCUGAAGGAGAAGGAGACCCAAGGAGAGAGAUGGUGUGGGGAAGCUGGGGCCCUGAGGGCUGAGCUACAGGAGCUGAGAGCAGCUCAGGCUGAAGCCCAGGAGCAGGCCCGGGGAGCACUGGAGGAGAAGGUCCGAGCCCAGGCUGAGCUGCAGGAGGAGAGGCUGGGCAGAGUGUCCCUGGUACAGGCUGCCGAGGAGCAGCAGCACAAACUGAGCGCUGUGCAGGGGCAACUCGCCAGGGCUCUCACCAACAUUCAGGACCGGGAGACAGAGGAGAAGCGGCUCCUAGCUGAGGCCGAGAUGUUGCUAAAGGAAACAAAACUCCAGCAGGAGCGGCUCAGCGGGCUCCAGGGGGAGGUGGUGGCAAUUGGGGAGCUCAGAGCCAAGUUGCUGGCACAGGAGCAGGAGACCCAGCGCUGUCAGGACCUUGCCAACACCAGAGAGCAGCAGGUCCACCAUCUCCUGACCAAGGUCAAGGCUGGCGAGGACGAGGUGGAGCGGUGCAGACAUGAGGCCACAAUGGCCGAGAGCCAGCUGGCAAUAUCUCGCCAACUCUGCCAGGAGAAGUUGGAGGAGAGCCAAGAGCUCGGGGCUCAGGUAACGAAGCUGACCCUGAGCUGCGAGCAAAAGCAAGGCGUCAUUGCGAGACUGGAGAGCGAGCAAGCCAACCAGGGCGUGCGGAGCCAGGAGGAGAGGGCCGUACUGGAGGCAGAGGUAGCCAGGGCACUGAGCGGCCAGAAGGAGAGAGAACUGUUGGUAGAGGCUUUGAAGGAAACAAUGGCGGCGCAAGAGCAGACAAUCGAGAGGCAGAGGAGCCUCAUUCACACCCUCGAGCUGGAGGUCUCCAGCUUGCAAUUGAAACAUGCUGAGGUGGAGCGGGCGAACAAAAGCUUGAGAGAACAUGUGACAGUGGAGCAGGAGGAGGGCAGGAAACUGCAAGAGAUGAUCGAGACCCUGAAGGUCAAGGUGGCUUCAGUCUCUGCAGACGCCCUGAAGAAAGCUGAGUUGCUGGACUACACGGUGUGUGAGGUGGCUUCCUUAAAACAGGAGAUUGCUGGGCAGAAAGUGGGUCUAGAGAACCUCGAGAGGGAGCUGGCGAGCGAGAGAGAGUGCAAGGAAGAGGUGGUGAAUGAGGCAAGGGCUGAACAUGACCGGCUCCUGGCACUGGAGGGGGACCUGGGCACCUCGCGGGAGGAGCUGGCACAGGCUCAGGCAGACCUGGUAUGUCAGUCCAGGAAAGCUGCAGACUUCCACACCCAGCUGACCACCUUGCUGCCCCUCCAGGCCAAAUGCCACGAGCAGGACACGGCCAUCCAGCAGCUGCAAGCCCAGAGCCUCAGCCAGCAGGAGCGAGUGUCUGAGCUCCAGAACAGUAACAGCCAGCUGAUGAAUGAGCUGCAUGUCCAGGCCAGCCGCAGCCAGAAGGCCCUGGAGGAGCAGAGGGUCGAGGUGCAGGCAGCACACACACUGCAGACAGCAGACUAUGAGGAACAGCUGGCGACCAGCAGAGCCAGUGAGCAGAAGCUGAGGGAUAGCCUGCAGGACAUGACCGGCAAAUACAAACACGCAAGAGCUGAAGUGGACUAUCAGCGACAGUUUCAGGAGGAGCAGCAGAAACUGGCUCAGACCCUUGAGAGUGAGACUGAGAAGAGAGCAGAACAGCAACAGCAACGGGUGGUGGAGCUGACCGAGAGGCUGCGGAAGGCAGAGGAGGCUACGCAGCACUACAAGGCCCAGCUGGAGAAGGCGAAGACUCACUAUGAUAGUAAAAAGCAGCUGAUCCAGGAGCUGAGUGAAGAGCUGGUGGGGGCCAGGCAAGAGGUCGCUGGCCUACGGAGCGAGACUGAGCGGCUCAACAGGGAGCUGCAGCUGUCCCUGACCCAGUCUAAGGAGGCCACUGAGCAGAACAAGGCCCUUUGCACCCGAGUGCUCAGCUUGGAGAGCCAGGUGGACUAUGCUGACCGGCAGGUGAGGGAGCGAGGGGCUCCGUGUCUGACUGCUGGCCCCAUCCAGCACAGAGAGACAGUCCAGGAAAGCUGGCCAAAGGCCAAGGAGCAAGAGGGGAACUUCAGCAAAGACAGCAUCGAGCUGAGUGACCUGGAGGAGACCACAAUGAAGUGGGAGAAUGAAGAGAACAGGAAGGACAGCACUGUUGUGAAGACCCCCAGGGCUGGGAGGGGCAGGCGGCCGACCUCACGUGAGUCGCUGGAGACUCUGUACUUCACCCCGCUUCCCCACAGCACCCGCUCCAAGCUGGACACCAGCGUUUGCUCAUUCAACGAUCUCAGCCUGGACUCGGCCAAGAGGACACGGUCUGGGCGAAGGCGGACCACCCAAGUCAUCAACAUCCUAAUGACAAAGAAACAAACGACUGUUGAGCAUGAUGAACCCAGUAGCUCCAACUCCUCCUUCUGCAGCAUGAAGUCAGCCAGGUCUCACCCCAGCCUCUCCAGCAAGGCCCAGUCCCAGGCUGCCCGCAGAGGCAGGCCCAUGUCGGUCACCUCGCUUUCCUCCAUCGACAGCUCCCCGUGCCAGGCAGCUCUGGAUCUCCUGAGCAGUGAGGAUGUGGGAGCAGCCAGGCUGCUGAGCCUGCCGGGGUAUCGUCCCUCCACCCACGGCUCCACCCGCUCCUCCACAUUUGGUUCCGUGGUUUCAAAUGCAAACACACUGUAUCCAGGAAGCUGUCAGGAUGAACCGGAACAUCUGGACGACUGGAACAGGAUUGCUGAGCUGCAGCGACGGAACGGAGCCUGCCCCCCACACCUGAAGACCUCGUAUCCACUGGAGUCCAACACUGCCGACAGGUCCUGCCUGACUGAAGAUGAGCUGAGGCUGGGGGACCCCAACGAGACGCUCCGCCGGGCCACCUUGGUGCCUCAGCAAAUCAAGGACAUGAACCCUCAUCGCCAGCUGGCCAUGGCCUUCACCGCUGACUCCCACCCCAGCUGGAAGGGUGUGACCACCAGGCAGCAGAAGCGACUGUCAGAGGAAUCUCACCACGGCAGAGACACCCCGCAGUCCAAAAAGCAGGCGAGCUGUUUCCCCCGACCGAUGACCCCAAAGGAAAAGGAGAAAUCUGGAUUCUUGCUGUUUGAUGUCAAAUCAAGGAGGCCGUCUCCCAGCAAGGUCAAAAACCAGGCUGAGCGCAGGAAAUCGCUGGCCUUCUCCGUGCUCAAUACCCCCCGCAAGCUGAGGAACAGCCUGCUGAGGAGCACCUGCAAGAGAACCACUCCCAAGGCAGUCAGCAAAUCCCCCAAAAAAUCACCCAGAGCCCUAGCAAAUCCCAAAAAGGACAUUUAUCGCAAACCCUCGAGGAAUGUCAAGAUGUGAUUUUGGGAGCCAGGCCAGACAAGACGAUACCAGAGAGCCUCACCUGAAAUACUGCCUAAAAGAUUCCCUAUCACUCCCUGAAAGGAAUGUCAUUGUUUGUGUCACAGGGUUUCUGUGCUCGCUGUGUGUGGCCUGUGGUGUGGGGGCUGUCACACAAAUGCAAUGGGAAAUGUGGAAUUUUCUAUUUUUUAAAAAAAAUACUUUCUUUUGUCCAAAAUAUAACUUUUUUUCAUUUUUCUUACAAAAAAAUCCCACACUCGGGUCAGCAGUGGCUUUCACCCUCAUUUCCCUGAAAGUGAGCCGGGCAGUACUUUGUGGGGAAAACCCCUACAAUUUAAAAUAAGUAUUUAAAUAACCUGCUGCUGUUCUGUGUGUGGGUGUGUGGGGGCGCAGGAGGGAGGAGGAGAGAAGGGGGAUGUAGCAUCAUUCUAAGAAGACACUUGAAAUUCCACCUGAUCUUAGCCUAAAUUGCAUUUAAUAUAAAAUA